AUGGUUUCCUCACGCCCCUUCCACUCGUUGGAAAAUCUCUCCCUGGCGGAUCGAGUACUUUUCAACCAGUUCAGCAGAGGACCGAAGGACGUCGUCCCCUACCAAGUCGUCCACCACGCCUUCGAGUCCAUCGCCGCCGCUCACCCCGACGUCACGGCCGUCAGGCACCACGAUGGGACCACCAUCACAUAUCGGGAGCUCAACCGCCGGGCCAACGUGCUCGCCAACGAGCUGAGAGGCACCUACGGUCUCAGGAAAGGGGACCGUGUCGUGCUCGUCUACUCCCGGUGCAUCGAGAUGGUGGUCUUCAUCUUUGCCGUCCUCAAGGCCGGCGGCCAGUACGUGCCACUCGACGGCGGCAUCAUCCCCGAGGACACCCUCGGCUACGACAUUUCCGACUCCAACGCGCCUGUGGUGUUGUGUCUGCCCAAGUUCAGGGAAAAGGUGCUGCGCAGCGUUCCGUCGGACAGGCGGGAUCGAGUGAGGGUGGUGGACCUUGACGCGAACAGCAUGCUCUGGAAGCACGGCAACGCGGGCCACCCUGGAGUAAUCGUCAAGCCCGAGGAUGGCGCCUAUGUCAUCUACACGUCGGGAACCACCGGGCGUCCCAAAGGCGUGGAUGUGAGGCACGAAGGCGUCACCAACACGCUGUUAGCGGAGCCAUCAAAGCUGGAGAUCCGCGUAGGAAAGAAUGUGGCACAGCAGUUGAACGUCGGGUUCGAUAUGUGCGCAUGGGAGAUUCUUGGAACAAUGAUGAACGGUGGUACGCUUCACAUCAGAGGUAGCGGCAACGACCUAUGGACGGAAUGCUUGCAGCGCGUCGAUACCGUCAUCGCCACGCCCUCGGUUGUCCUCAAGCACAUGCCCCGCCGCGAGGACUUCCCCAACAUCAAGAUCAUCGCCGUCGGUGGUGAGCCCUGCCCCCUUGCCCUCGCUGAGCAGUGGGCUCCGUAUAUCAAGUUCUGGAACGUCUGCGGCCCAACUGAGAUCAGCAUCCUCAACACCGCUCACCUACACAAGCCUGGCAAGACACUUUCCAUUGGAAAGCCGAACCCGAACACCAACGUCUACGUCCUCGAUGAGAAUGAGAACCCUGUCCCCAUCGGCGAGCCAGGUGUGAUGUGGGCUGGUGGUCCAGGAGUCUCUAGAGGCUACCUCAACCUCCCUGAACUUACUGCACAAAGAUACAAGUUGGACAAGUUCACAAAGGACGGCCGCAUGAUGUUUAACACCGGUGACCUCGCCCGUUGGCUUGAGGACGGUAGUCUGGAACCUCUUGGCCGCAAGGACGACCAAGUUAAGAUCUCCGGCUUCCGCGUCGAGCUCGAUGGCGUCUCCCGCGCCAUCGAAAAGCAUUCCGCCGUCAUCAAGGGUUGUGCGCUCAAGAUUGACGACAGACUCUGGGGCUUUUACUCGGCCUCCUCUCCCAUUGACGAGGCCGAUCUCAAGGCCAUUGUCGGCGAGGGUCAGCCCUUCUAUGCUGUCCCAACAGUUUGGAAGCAUCUGGCCGUCAUUGAGCUGACUCCCAAUGGCAAGGUCGACAAGCGCGCUCUGCGCGAUAUCGCCGGCGUCAGCAGAGACGCUCAACCCCCUCUCCCGCCCAUUGUUACUGCCAUGUCCACUCCGCAGAACUCCUCCAGCGCCUCCUCAGUCAAGACCGAGGUGUCCAGUCCCACCAAGAGCGAGAGCGCUUGCACUCUCGUCGAUUCCCGUGGCAUCGACCCGGACCUCGAGAAGACCAUCGACUUUGUCGAGGAAGAAGCCGAGAAGCAAGAGGACUACGAGCUGCCGGAGAAGAAUGGCUUCCACGGCUGGCGAUGGAUCCGCCAUCGCGGUCUCAAUGCUUACCGCAAACUCUUUGGCGUAAUAUUCGUGGCAAACCUCGCGACUUUUGUCUUCUUACUCUGGGAUGCCCGCGACAGAAACUUUUCCCUCCCCCUGAAUCAUCUGGCGACGGCCGUCUCGGCAAACCUUCUGGGCGCCGUACUCCUGCGACAGGACUACGUCGUCAACUUCAUCUUCUGGCUCUGCUCCCGCGUGCCCACCUCCGUGCCUCUCUCUAUCCGCCGUCACUUCGCUCGCGUCUACCACAACGGCGGCGUGCACUCCGGCUGCGCCGUCUCUGCCACCGUGUGGUGGGUAAUCUUCACCGGCGCCGCGACAGGCAACUUCUUUGCUUCCCAGUCCCUUUACUCCGUUAAUCUCUUCACGCUCGUCCUCACCUAUCUCAUUCUCCUGCUCCUACUCGCCAUCCUCGUCAUGGCAUACCCUUCCAUCCGAGCCAAGAUGCACGACCAGUUCGAGUGGACGCACCGCUUCGCCGGAUGGUCUGCUCUCGCUCUCGUCUGGGCCCACGUCAUCGCCACCGCCGCAUCAACAGCUUCUCCUACCGAACCCCUCGGCACCACCCUGGCCAAAACGCCAGCGCUUUACCUAGUCGCUCUGACAACCAUCAGCAUCGCACUCCCAUGGAUGCGCCUCCGUCGCGUAAAGGUCGUGCCGGAGCCCCUUUCCAAGCACGCCGUCCGUCUUCACUUCGACUUCUGCACCCCGGGCCCCUGCACCUCCCGCGGCGUCCGAAUCACCGAUCGUCCCAUGGUUGAGUGGCACGCUUUCGCCGCCAUCCCCGAGCCCAGCGGCAAGGGUUUCUCCAUUGUCGUCUCCAAGGCGGGAGACUGGACGAAGCGCAUCAUUGAGAACCCGCCAACCUCGAUCUGGACCCGCGGCACGCCGGCCUCCGGCGUCCUGGCCGUGGCUCCCCUCUUCAAGAAGAUGGUCCUGGUUGCCACGGGCUCCGGCAUCGGUCCUUGUCUCCCCGUGCUCAUGGAACGUCGCGUGCCGGCACGCGUCGUCUGGUCCACCAAGAACCCGCUCAAGACGUACGGCCAGGGCGUCAUGGACACCAUCAUGAAGGCCGACCCGGAAGCGCUCAUCUGGGACACGGAUAGCAUGGGCCGGCCGAACUUGGUGCAGCUUGCGUAUAACGUGUACAAGGAGAGCGGAGCGGAGUGCGUCGCCAUCAUUUCCAACGGCCCCACGACGACCAAGUUCGUGUACCAGAUGGAGAGCCGUGGCAUUCCUGCAUUUGGCCCUAUUUGGGAUUCUUGA